UCUUCUUCAUUUCCUUUCUCUACCACUCUCUCACUAGCUCUUUCUCUUCCUCUUCCUCUUCAUCCAACAAACACAAAAAAUCUAACCUUAAAAACAUCCUAGUUUUCUUAAUUCUCCCAAAAAAACAGAGUACUCUGUUUCCUCUGUUUUCCUACCAAAUGGCUACAAUUGUUUGCCACGGUUUACCUUCAACUCUUGAUUCACACCUUGUUGAAUCAAGAAUACAUAAUCUUCGUUUAACUUCUCCAAAACCAAUCACAUCUCAACCCAUUGAUUUACCUCUCAAGACAUGUUUUUCGGAAUCAAACACCGAAUCCAAUGAUGAUAGUUGGAGUUCAAUUCAAUCACUUUCCAAAUCCAAUGCAUCUCAUUCUCAAGGCCUUAAAGAAUCAACCUAUGUUCAUCCAAAUGUGAAACUUCCAUGGCAGAAACUUAGCUCCAAGAGUCUAGAGCUUUGCACUGAGAAUCUAGGAAAUGAAACAGGUGCUGAUAUUCUAGAAAGCAGCAUUGAUUUUUUCUCUUUAACAAGCUCAUCUUGUGAUAAAUUGGAUACAAAGGAGCAAAAGAAAAGUUCAUGUAGAAAUUUGGGAGGUGAGAAAGUGAGAACCAAGAAUUUUCCACCACCUUUGAAGAGUAUGAGAGGUUUGGAGUCUCUAAGAGUGAAACCUCAUAGAGAAAAUGGAAGGUUGGUUAUGGAGUUAACAAAAGUUCCAUCAAGUGUUUCUUGCUUCCAAGCCGAGAGAAGUAACGGUUGUCUUCGUCUUUCGUUUUGGAAUGACGAGGACGAAGACGACGCAAAUGAUGAAGAAGAAGAAAAAGAAGAAAACACAAAUGAAGAAGAAGAAUGUAUUAUUGAUAAUGAGAACGAAGUAGAAGAAUUUAUUAUUGAUAAUGAGAAAGACGAAAGAGAAAUUUAUGAAGUACAGACUCCGACACAGUCACGUGAAAGUGAAGAACAAAAAGAAACCUAUGAAGUAGUGACUCCGAUAGAGACACAUGAAAUUGAAGAGAAAGAAGAGAUCUAUGAAAUACAGACUCCGACACAGAUACGCGGAGUAACGCGAAUGGAAAAAUAUGAGAGGAAAAGUAGAAGAAGAUGCAAAGAAAUUGGCAAGCAUGAAAACAAUGAAAUGAUGGUAAAUUGGGGUGAACCUCUUUGGCUUGCAUUGGUGACUUCAUAAACUUCUCAUUUGGAUUGGUUCUAUGUCUCUAUGUAAUGAUGAUGUAAAACAAUUUUUUAGAAUUUUUAGGUUUGUUCUUUUUUUCUGAAUAUUCCUUUUGGCUACCUGUUUUUAUUUUUCUGCUGCUAAUGAAAUUCAGUGUCUUUGUUUGAUUUCAAAAUUCUAGUCUCUUUAU